UUCUCUCCUCGCGACACAAAAACACCACUUAUCUUUAUUAUUAUUUAUUAUACAGAACAACCGCUGCAGGAGAACCCGGAGCAGAGUAUUCCUACACUGUGGUACUUGGUGUCUCCAGGUGUGUCCAGGUGUCUCUGGUGGGACAGUAUGAGCUCUAAAGGCGGCGGCACGGCCCUGACUCGCCGUAACUACAGACUGGCUUCAGACACAGACAAACCCAGAGCUACAGGCAUUGUGAACGAGAAGCUGCUGAGUGACUACCUGCACCAUGUGUUCCCCUCCUCCACCAAUCAGGGACCUGCUCUGGCCUCGCUCAGGAAGCCUCUGGGUUUCCAGGACCUCGGGGCUCACCUGGAGAGGUUGCUGUCUGAAGGAGAGCCAGCGGAGCAGAGCCGAGAUGAAGCUGUUGAGGGACGCCUCGGCCCUCAGCCCGUCGUCUUGGAUCACACCAGCGGCUUCGAGGGGCUUCUGUUCGUAGACGAUGACCUGCUGGGGGUCAUCGGCCACAGCAACUUCAGCUCCAUCAGAGCCACCACCUGCGUCUACAAAGGGAAGUGGGCCUACGAGGUCCUGAUCUCCUCUCAGGGUCUGAUGCAGAUUGGCUGGUGCACUCUCAACUGUCGCUUCAACCAGGAGGAGGGAGUAGGUGACACCCCGGACUCGUAUGCGUACGACGGGAACAGAGUGAGGAAGUGGAACGUGACGACCACAAACUACGGGAAGUCGUGGGCUGCGGGAGACAUCGUCAGCUGUCUGAUCGACCUCGACGAGGGAACCAUCACCUUCUGCCUGAACGGCCAGUCUCUGGGAACAGCGUUUACCAACAUAAAGACGGGUCCCGGCGUGGCGUACUUCCCGGCCAUCAGCCUCUCCUUCAAAGAGUCGGUGGCCUUUAACUUCGGCAGCAGACCGCUCCGGUAUCCUGUGGAGGGUUACCUGCCCCUGCAGAACCCCCCCACCUCAGACCUGCUGAAGGCUCACAAGCUGCUGGGAUUCAUCAAGAACGUCCUCUCCACCGCCAUCGACACACAGGAGGAGCGUCUGGUGGAGAAGGACUUUGCAAGUUGGAGGCUACACGGAGAGCCGACCAUCCUCAUCACUCUGGCUCACAUCUUCAACCACUUCGCUCCACUCAUGUGUAAGGUGUACCUGGUGGAGGACGUGCUGAUGAACUUCCUGUUGGGGAUCCUGGAGGGCGGGGGCUCUGUGGAUGAACACCCCCUCAUCCAGCAGCUCCUUGAUCUGUUCUGGCUGCUGAUGGAGGACUAUGAGGUGAGUGAGUGUCUGAAGCAGCUGAUGAUGUCUCUGCUCAGAGCUUACCGCUUCUCCCCCAUCAUCCCCGACCUCGGCUUCCAGAUCCACUACCUGCGUCUCACCACGGCUGUCCUGAACCACGAGAAGUCCAGGAAGUACCUGCUCAACAACGUCACGUUCGACGUGCUUCGCUCCGUGGUCUUCUUCUACAUCAAGACUCCUCUGAGGGUUAAGGAGGCCGGGCUGGAGGAGCUGAUCCCAACCACCUGGUGGCCCACACACUUCGACAAGGAGGGUAAAGAUGAGCGCGAGCCGAGCGAUGAAAGUGCCGACGAGCGUUUGAGGCGACGAGCGUACGAGAGAGGCUGCCAGAGACUGAAGAAGAGGAUCGAAGUGGUGGAGGAGUUGCAGGUUCAGAUCCUGAAGCUGCUGCUCAACAACAAAGACAAAACCACAGGGGAAGCCUCCCGUUACAUCUUCCUCAACAAGUUCAGGAAGUUCCUGCAGGAGAACGCCAGCAACAGAGGGCACCCCACGGCUCUGUGUCCUCCGGAGUACAUGGUGUGUUUCCUGCACCGCCUCAUCACCGCCGUCAGGAUGAGCUGGGACGAAGGCCGGCGCCAGAGCUGCACCAGCAGCGAGGACGCCUACGUCCCCCCGCAGCUCUUCUACAACGGGAAGGUGGAUUACUUCGACCUGCAGAGGCUGGGGGGGCUGCUGUCCCACCUCAAGAAGACCCUCAAAGAUGACUUGGCGAGUAAAGCGAACAUCAUCAUCGACCCGGCAGAGAUUCAGGCGUCGUCCAUGGACGAUCUGGACGAGGACGAAGAGAGCGGAGCGGCACAGAGGCCGUUUGGUGCGGCAGCAGUGGGGGGGGCGUUGGCUCGGCCGAGCUGGCUGAGCUCUCCAACGCUCGGCCGGGCGAACCGCUUCCUGAGCACGGCAGCUGUCAGCCUCAUGACCCCCCGACGACCCCUCAGCCAACCGGAGAAGGUGAAGGUCCGAACGCUGGCCGUGGAGCACCGCACCGAGGACGACAUCGAGGGUAGCCAUGGUAACGAUGGACUGUUGCUGGGGCGACCGCUGGAAGAGCCCGAGCAGCCAAUCGCUGACAAGUCUCUGCUGGAGAUUGUGGACGGGAUCGUCAUGAUGUACAACCUGAGUGUCCACCAGCAGCUGGGCAAGAUGGUGGUGGUCUCAGAUGACGUUCAUGAAUACGCCGUGGCUCUGAAGGACACCGAGGAGAAGAUCGCCCGCUGCCCGGCUAAAAGAGCGGACAUCCUGGACGAGCUUCAGAAGAGUCAGAAGGUUUUCUCGGAGAAGUUGAACCACCUGAGCCGGAGACUGGCCUGGAUCAACGCCACCAUCUACUCCAAGGAGAAGAUGCUGGACGUGUACUGGCUGUUGUGUGUGUGUAUCCAUACCAUCGAACACGCCGAUAACACGGGUUCGCUGUUCGCCUUCGCCCCGGAGUUCUACCUGAACGUGGCGAUGAACGCCUACAGCGCCCUGAAGAACUACUUCAGCCCCGCCAACUGCAUGGACGAGCUGCCCGGUUACGAGGAAACGCUGACUCAGCUCGCUGCGAUCCUCGCCAAACACUUUGCAGAUCCACGUAUAGUUGGGACAGAUAUCAAGGACUCUCUGAUGCAGGCGCUGGCCAGCUACGUUUGUUACCCACAAUCCCUCAGGGCGGUGGAGCGGAUCCCCGAGGAACAGCGCGUGGCGAUGAUGAGGAACCUGCUGGCCCCGUAUGAGCAGCGGCCCUGGGCUCAGACCAACUGGAUCCUGGUCCGCCUCUGGAGGGGCUGUGGUUUCGGCUACAGAUACACUCGUCUUCCUCACCUGCUGAAGACCAAACCAGAGGACGCCAACCUGCCCAGCCUUCAGAAGCCUUGUCCCUCGCUGCUGCUGCAGAGACACAUGGCGGAGCUGCUGAGUGUGGAUAAAGAAAUGGCUGCCUCGUUCCUGAACAGCGUGCUGAACCAGCUCAACUGGGCCUUCAGCGAGUUCAUCGGCAUGAUCCAGGAGAUCCAGCAGGCUGCAGAGCGUCCAGAGAGGAACUUUGUUGACACUCGUCAGCUGAAGGUGUGUGCGACGUGCUUCGACCUGUCCGUCAGUCUGCUGCGGGUCCUGGAGAUGACGGUGACUCUGGUUCCUGAGAUCUUCCUGGACUGGACCCGACCGUCUGCCGAGCUGCUGCUGCGAAGACUCGCUCAGCUGCUAAACCAGGUGUUGAACCGAGUGACGGCCGAGAAGAAUCUCUUCGAUCGAGUCGUCAACCUGAGGCUGCCAGGUCUGGAGAGUGUGGACCACUACCCCAUCCUGGUGGCGGUGACGGGGAUCCUGGUCCGGGUUCUGGUGGACGGAGACAGACAGGGGAUCUCCCGGGCCUCCUCAGUGUUGCUGUCUGACCCGUGUUUCCAGCUGCACUCCAUCCAGCACCUGUUGGGGGAGGCAGCCGACUCUUCCUCCUCCUCCUCCUCCUCCUCGUCCACCCUCCCCUCCUCCUCCUCCCGACCUGUGAUUGCCUCUCUGGGCUCGACUGUGACUCCUGCGAUCCCGUCAGCUGCUGCGAACACCAACUCUACAGAACGCAAACACUUCUCCCUGCACGCAUACACAGACUACAUCAGUGAGGAGGAGAAGCAGAAGGUGGAGCUGAUGCUGGCGUUCCUCACCGAGGAGAACCAGCAGGCUGCAGCCAGCACCGCCCCGACCAGUGAGGAGGACCUCUGCCCCAUCUGCUACGCUCACUCCAUCUCCGCCAUCUUUAAACCCUGCUCACACAAGUCCUGCAAAGCGUGCAUCAACCAGCAUCUGAUGAACAACAAGGACUGCUUCUUCUGCAAAGCCACCAUCACCGGGGUGGAGGACUACAGCAAGCCCUGCUAACACACACACACACACACACACACACACACACACACACACACACACACACACACACACACACACACACACACACACACACACACACAGUCCCUCUCAGUGUGUGUUAGGGCUGCUGGAGCUAUUCAUAUUUAAAGAGAUUGAAGCAAACACCCUCUGAGAGGAAAGUCCUGAGGUGGAACUCCUUCACUGCAUCUACAAGAAAUAGAUAUCAAUUCCCCGUUAGAAGAACAGGGAUGUAUAGGAACUAAUAUUAUGGGAUGUUAAGAUUAAAGUCCAACAUAAAAAGACCAGAAAUUGGAUAUUCUUGGGAAAUAUCUCCAAAUAUAUAUGUGAAAAAUACAAAUACAGAGAGACGUGGAAUUUAGAAUAAAUGACGUCCUUAAAAACCUGAGCUCACAGAAAGCUCGUUCAGGACGCGAUCACCUGCUGCUCCUAUGGAUUCACAACUUCAGAGUCACCGUCACAGUGUUCUGUCUGUCUGUCUGUCUGUCUGUCUGUCUGUCUGUCUGUCUGUCUGUCUGUCUGUCUGUCUGUCUGUCUGUCUGUCUGUCUGUCUGUCUGUCUGUCUGUCUGUCUGUCUGUCUGUCUGUCUGUCUGUCUGUCUGUCUGUCUGUCUGUCUGUCUGUCUGUCUGUCUGUCUGUCUGCUCUGAGCCACGGGGCAGAAACCUGACGAGAGGAACGUCUCAGUGUAAAACUAAAGGAGACGUUUUAAAUGUAGGAAUGAAAUAGAAACGUAUAAAUGAUAAGUACACUUUAUCUAUUUUGAAAACGACCGUUCACGUGUUUCUUUAAAUCAGUCAAUCUUUCCAUUGGAACACUUUUCCUGUUGGUUUAAUCAGGAGUAUUGAAAUGAUUUUAAACCAGUUUAAUUAUGAAGAAAUCCUUCAAAGUUCUGAAAGUGUUGCGUGUUAAUGAGUUUAAGAACACAUGUAUAAAUUAAAGAAAUGAAUCGGAUGGAUUCAUUUACAGUUAGAAUCAGAGUGUGAAUGGAAAGUAAAGAAGGGUUAUUUUAGUGCUUUAUUUAAAACAUCCUAAAUCUUCUUCCCGCGUCCGUCUGUAAUGUUCGGUUCCUCCUUCUUUUUAAGAUACCUGCGACCUGUUUCAUUUGUCCUGUUUUUGUCCAGAAACAAAUGAGCUGUUAUGAGUAAGAAAGGCUUCCUGUCGUGUUUCUGACGGACCGAUGGACGCUGAGCAUUUAGAAAGAGUGCGCUUGUUUUCCUCACCCUAUGGUACCUACCCCCACAGCAUGUCUCUGAGUGAGGGGUGUUUUAUUCUGAAGGGAUUCUCCUUCCUGUGUGUCUUGUGUUUGGGAUGGGGGGGGGGGUGUGUUCUGAGUUGACAUAUAAUGAUGAUGUUACUGCAUUAAAUUAUUUAUCCUGAACGGA